GAGCAAACGCAGAUUUUUGAAAUUGUUCAUUUAUUGAAUUUCUCUUGUUAGCUCAUUUAUUGACCGAUAUCCCUUCAUACCUUAUCUUCACAAUCAUCGUUAUCAAAUUUUGGACUUAUUCAGUUAUAACUUCAGAAUAAACAUUCAUUAUGAAACGAAAUAGUGAUGUGUCGACAGAAUUAAACCUAGAGAAUUUAAAAGAAUUAGCAUCAACUUAUGCGGCUUGCUUACAAAACAAACCGACACCGGCAUCAAGUUUUAUAAGUAAAAUGAUGAGAAUGGAAUAUGAAUUAGAUAAAAAGGAUGACAGAUUAUUCGCAAUAUAUUUAAAACUUUGUGGUAAUAACCAUCAUUUGGAUGCCAUUCAAUUGACUAGUGUUGAUCUUCCACCAUUGUGUAUGGCUUUAUCCCUUAAACCAUGUAUUACAAUGUUGGAUUUACGCUACAAUUUUAUUAAAGAUGAAGGAGUUGAGAUAUUAUGUGAAUUCUUAAAUGUAGAUAAUCUGUUAGAAGAAUUAAAUCUAAUGUGUAAUGAUAUCACAGAGAAAGGUGCACAGUUUCUUGCUAAUUCUUUAAAGAAUAACAGAAAUUUGGUUAUCUUAAAAAUGACUGGAAACCCAAUUGGCUCUAAAGGAGGUCUAUACUUUGCUCAAGCGCUACAAAUAAACGAUACACUUGAAUUCAUAGAUCUUGGAGAAUGUGAUCAGGAUAUAACUAGUUGUAUUGCAUUCGCUACUGUAUUGAAAAGUAAUAAGUCAAUUAUUGGGAUUAAUCUAAAUCGACAGAUAUCAUGGACGUUGCAAGAAGAAUCAACUGUACAUUUCGCUGAUAUGCUAUGUAUUAAUAAAACUUUAAAAGAAUUACACUUAGCGAAAUGUGAUAUGCGUGAUUUUGGAGCAGCACGUUUAGCUGAAGCGAUGGAACGUAAUGAUACAUUAGAAUUAUUAGAUAUAAGCGCCAACCGUAUUUCACGUGAUGGAGCCAUUUUAUUAUCCAGAGUAAUCAGUAUGAAUUGCCCAUUGGUCGUUUUGGAUCUGGCAUUCAAUCGAGUUCAAUGUAAAGGAGCUAUGGCUUUGGCAGAUGCAUUGGUUUAUAAUACACAUUUAAAAGUUCUUGCAGUACAGUUUUGUGAGUUGAAAGGGCCUGGACUUUGUGCAUUGGCUGAAUCGUUGAUUACAAAUCUUACUUUGGAGUGUAUUUAUAUUUGGGGGAAUGAACAUGAAGAAGCAGCGUGUAAAGCAUUCGCUAAUUUAAUCUGCAUAAAUCGUUUACUAGAAAAUUGCACUGAUAUAAGACCUUAUAUUGUUGAUGGUAGAACUUAUUUAGCUUACUUACCUCAUGAUUGUACUUAUAGGCAAUAUCGAUUUUCUGUACCUUGGUGGAAAUUUCAAGCACCAACUGAUCGAUCGAUUGCACUUUCUUAAUGUCAUUUCAUUGAAAUUAUAUAUUUUUUAAAUUGUUGUUGUAUUACUUCACAAUAUUAUUUUUAUUAUCAUUUAUUUUUUUCAUUGCUUAAUUGUUUCUUAUUAUUCUUAGAAUUAAUUAAUGAAUUAAUGCGCCUUUGAUAAUGUUGAAUUUUUCGCC